AUGGCAGAUCUUUUAUAUGAGGAAAUUGAGGUAUCCCCAAUCGAUUCUUACUUCCAAUAACCUUAAAAAGCCAUGAAUAAUGCAAAGCCAGUCGAUACUUAUCAGGUAGAUCUAAGUAAGAGCAGGGAAAAAUAAUUGGCAUUGAUCUCUCAAGAUAAUCAAAAAGGUGUGAUAGAUAAAAACAGUGAUUUAUCGAAUCAUAAUUUGAUUUAAAAUAAGAAGAGCAAAGUAAAUAAAGUACUUUAGCUACUUCGAGAAAUGAAAAGCAAGCCUAGAUAUAAAGAUAAAUAUGGAAACAAUGUUAAAUAGCAUUUUGGAAUAUACAAGUACUUCAUUAAUACAUAAACUCAAGAAAAAGAAAAAUUUUAUAUAUCAAAUGAAUGCAGAAAAAUUCCCGCAAAUAUUGCUAUGAAGGUUCAAUAAAAAGAACAAGAGAACAUAAAUUAUAAUAGGAAUCAUUAUUAUGAAAAGAUAUAAAGAAUAGGUAAAGUAGUAAAAGAUAAAGUAAGAUUAGAGUAUUGGGGAUUACCCCCUGGAAUUUGUGACUAGUUUUAUAAACAUACUAAGAUCGGAAAACUUUUUGAUUGGUAAGCUGAAUGCUUGAGUAAGUCUCCUGAGGUUAUAAAAGGAAUGAAAAAUCUUAUUUAUUUUGCUCCAACUAGCGACGAAGGCAGAGGCUAUCAAUUAGAGUCCUUAAUAGCAAAGUUGAGAUCAGUUGAAGUUAUAAUGCAAAAACCGAGUUCUUUCCAGAUUAUAGGGAUGUCUGCAACAUUAUCUGGACUAGAAUAUCUAAAUAAAUGGUUUGGUGGUAAUUGUGAAAUAUAUGAAUGCUAGUUCAGACCUGUUCCACUAUCAGAAUAUCUUUUUAUCGGAAAUAAAAUUUACAACAAAGACAUGAAUAUGGAUAACAGUAACAUGAAUAUCAAAGGAUAACCCUCAAUGGACAAUGAUUUUGUAAUAUACUAAUAUUUUAACAUUGAUCAGUUACCAUUACUACUUGCAAGCUAUAUGAGAAAGAGAAAAGCAGCUUUGAUAUUUUGCCCAAGCAAAAAUAUGUGUGAGACGUAUGCCAAAAAGUUAGCUUUUAUUUUGCCUGCUCAGUACCCUGAAUAUGAAUCAUAAAGAAAUCUAAACUAUGAUGAUAUUGAGAAUGAAAUUAAGUCAAUAAUAGCUUAUCUCUAAUCCUAGAAAAAGAGAAAUCUAGUCUUCUACGAUAAGCAGUAGAUAUAUGAUCGAGAUCUUUAAGCCAAAAGAUUAAGAAUCCUAACUGAACUUUAAUAAUGCCCUAGUGGUGUGUGCAGUAUACUUAAAGAGACUAUCAAAACUGGGGCACUAUUUCUUUUAGUAGCUACUUCCACUUUAAGCACUGGAAUAAAUUUACCUGCAAAGGUAGUUAUAUUUAAAGGACCAUAUAUCGCAAGGACUCCAAUUGAUGCAGCUAAAUAUAAAUAAAUGAGUGGUAGAGCUGGAAGAACUGGAUUUGAUUCUAAAGGAGAUUCUAUUAUGAUUUGCAACAAUAGCGAGAAAGAUUAUGUUAUUGACUUGAUGAAGCCUUUUAAGUGUGAGUUGAAAAGUGCUCUUACUGGGUAGAGAUUGAUGAGGUCAAUCCUUGAAAUAAUUGCUAGCAAUGUUGUUUAGUCUUUUGUAUAAAUCAGGAUAUUUGUGGAAUCUACUUUAAAGAAUACACUAUGUAAAAAGGUCUGGUGCAACGGGUGCAUCGAUUAAUUUCAGAUGAAUGAGAUUCUAUUUGGAGCAAGAGAUACAGAUGAUUUUGAAGAAAAACAUAGAAUUUAUAACCAGUAUGACCUAUACCUAUAAAACUUUUGCUUGCAAAGAUUCAAAACUGAAAUUCAAGACGACGACUGCAGGAACUGUCUCUUAGAAUUUGCGAAAUAAGUUGUUGCAUAUUUGAAUAAGUUUAAAUUUCUAACAUAUAACAAUGAAGAUGGCUCAGUUCUGCCAACAUUACUUGGUAAAGCAGCUUUUGCUUCAUCAAUUCCACCUGAACAUGGGUAGAAAAUUUUUGAGGAUCUAGCUGAAGCUAGAGGCAGCUUAGUAUUAGAAACUGAUUUACAUUUGCUUUACCUCAUAACGCCCCAUUUUAAGCACAUAAGAGAGCCUAAUUGGGAUGCAUUUAUUAAGAGAUUCAAUAAAUUAACUAAAGGGGAAAAAAAUGUUGCUGAAUUUUAUGGAAUAGAUAUACAAUAUCUAUAUAAAGCAACUGUAUAUCCUCCUAAGAUUCCAUCUUGUCUGUAGGAUUAAAGUCAGUCUAUAGGAGCAAGCAAUUCUUUAAGUAAAAUGCCCUCAAGCACUGUCUAGGAUUCUAAAUCAUCCAAAGGCAUUAAAUAGACAACUUUAACUCAAAGUUCUUCAAAUACUAGUGGUAUAAUAUCUAUGGUAGACUCUAUGAAUGAUUCAGCUUUGCAUAUUCCAUUAUUAAGUUAAAUGGAGCAACUGAUUUAAAUCUAAAGUCUGAGUGAUGAAGAGUAAAAACUAAUUCGAUAUUAUGAGAUAUGCAAGACUUUUAACAUAAAAAGGGGUGAUAUUUAGACUCUACAAGCCUUAGCAGUAAAUUAUUCAGGUAUGCUAUCUGCAUUUUGUGAGAGACUUUUCUGGUCUGAUUACUCCGUCCUACUGUUGAGAAUCAAUGAGAAGAUCAAUUGGUGUGUGAAAGAAGAACUACUAGACCUAAUGCAAUGUCCAUCUUUGAGACCUGAGAGAGCUAGAGCAUUAUAUAAUGCAGGCUAUACUCUAGUAGAAGAAGUGGCUAAAGAAGCAUCAGUUGAUGGUAUGGUGAAAAUAUUUGAUAAAAACGAUGGAUUUAUGAGUCAUAGGAAAUCUAAUACUGAUGAUUUAAAGUUGAAAUAUGAUUAUUACUACACUCUAGCUCAUAAAGUUCUUUGCGAAGCUAAAAUGAUAAUGGUGAAAAGGAAGGUUGAUCCUGAUAGAACUAUGAUAUCUUACAUGCAAUAAGGUUAGGGAAUGAAUCUAGAUCAGAAGUAUGUUAUCGACUCAGACUAUAGUAGUGAUGAAGGAGAGAAAUUAGAUGAGAUGUAGAAGCUUAGUGGUGAUUAGCUUAUAAAUCAUAAUUUGCUUAAAGAUCUAGAGUAAUCAUUUCAUACUUUGAAUUCGAGUGAACUAGAUUUAAUAGAUUUAGACUCAGAUGAUUUAAGUGAUUUUGGCAGUGAAGAUUUAAAUAGUAAAGAUAAAAUUGGAAUUAUAGGAGAUUAAUUGGUCCAAGUUGUUGUAGUAAAAAAUGAAGAUGAUUUAAUUGAUGAUGACCUUGAACUUAUUAUAUAAAAUGAUUUCAAUAAUGUAGUUGAAGACGAGUAACAUUAAAAUUGUGCUAUUGAAGUUAAAAAUUAGAAUAAAGAUUAGAAUUUUCAAAUUAUUAAAAAAGAGGUCAACAACUAACAGAAAUAAGUUAGAGAUAGCCUAACAGCUAUAUUAGAAAUGGAGCUGAGUAGCACUAGUGAUUUUGAUGAGGAUGUAUUAGAUCAAAUGCUUAAUAAUAAUGAAAGUUAAGUACCUUAAAUAUAGCUUAAUAAUCAUGAUAAAAACAGUGAAAUUAAAAAUUAAUUGAAAUAGAACAAAUUUACUACAAAAUAGGAAGAAAUUAGAUAAUCAGAUGAAAGUGACAGUCCAGAUUAUUAACAAUUAUUUGAGUAACUCUCAGAUUGA